GCCACUCUUGUGGAUGACCACGACUCCAAAACACCCUAUCGGCGCUGGCGGGAGCUACAUCAUGAGGUCUGCCACGUGCUGGGAUUUGCCUUGCCGGAACGCCAAGCCCCAGCAGACCGCUACCGCUCCUGGGAGGACGAGCCCUUGGAUUUGCCCCUGUGCCCUGAGCUUUGGGUUGACGAGGCGUGGCCGCCAUGCAAGCUCGCGCCUACGUUUCGGGGACGCGCAGUGCCCGUCUG